UUCGCCAUCCGGAAUAUAUCACCGAACAAGGCGUGAGUGCCUCGGAUGACAUCGAGGAUGUGGGACUUGUUGAAAUAACUAGUCUAGAACUAGAAAGGGAAUUAGAAGGAGUAGAGGAAACUGUUUAAGUAUAUUUUUGCAUAACACUCAAGAGAGAAUACCAAGGGUCUUGUUUGGAACGUCUGGCUACUGUACGCAGGAAUAUCAUGAUGCUGCUACAUUAUGGAAAUGUUAUACCAUUUAAUUGGAACACGCGGGGUUUCAGAUGCUUCUAUUGUGGCAAAGAGAUGAGAGACUGCGAAUCGCUUAAAGAGCAUACGACCACAAGCCACAAGAAGGUAGAUUUGGAGACGUUUAUACCACAGAGAAUCAUAUCGAAAGAUGUGCCUGUCAAAAUUGAUAUAACACAAUUGGGAUGUACAUUUUGUGAUAAGUCUAUAGCUAAUAUCGAGGAUCUAAAAGCACAUAUAGUGGCCGUACAUGGAGAGGAAUACGAUGAAACCGCCGGCGUAUGCGUCUUCCCAUUCCUCCUAAACAAAGAGAUGUUCCAUUGCGUGUUAUGCGACGAAGAGUACGACAAUUUCACCACAUUAGUUGGUCACAUGUACAAGAAACAUAUGGAACAAGCGUACAUGUGCCAAGUAUGUGGCCAGAGUUACACAGACAAGAUACGUUUGAAACGACACAUAAGCAAAAGUCACGUGGGGCCGCGCUGCAAAAUAUGCGGCAAAAAAUUCGAAGCGUUUCACCACGUUGAGAAACAUAAAAAGAUGGUUCACGGCAUUCAUAAAACUGUAGAAUGCGAUUUGUGUAGUACAAGUUUUAUGAAUCAGUAUCGUUUAAAAGUCCACAUGGGGAAAGUCCACAAUGUCGAAAAGUAUCGUCUGAAAUGCGAGCAUUGUCCGAAGAUCUGUACAACAAAAGGAGCCAUGAUGCUUCACGUACAAUCCUUGCAUUCGGAAACAAGAUUUGAGUGCGACAUCUGUGAAUACAAGACUGGUAUCAAAUGGAUGUUGAAGCUGCAUCGGAGGAAACAUUUUGGGGAGAAGAAUUAUGUUUGCAGCAUGUGUGAUCGACGAUUCGGGAGGUCGAGCAAUUUGCGCGCGCAUAUGAAAGUGCAUACUGGCAACUUUGGACGCGUGUGCCGAUGGUGCAGAUACGGUUUCAUAGACUUUGAGAGUCUGGACAAACAUGAGAAGGAGUCUCACUUGGACAAUUUGAACCGCUAAUUUGUUGUGCUCGAGUUCCAUCGAAGUUAUUAAGUUGGCAUUUGGCAAAAUGUGAAACAAAUACUCGAAUCGAAGCGACAAUGAAUUCUAAUAAUGCAACUGGAGCAUGUUUUUGUUGCAUGAUUAUUAAUAACUAGCUGACGUCGCGCGGUUUCACCUGCGUGGUUCCCGUUCCAGUAGGAAUACGGGGAUAAUAUAUAGCCUAUAGCUUUCCUCGAUCAAUGGGCUAUCCAACACUGAAAGAAUUUUUCAAAUCGGACCAGUAGUUCCUGAGAUUAGCGCGUUCAAUCAAACAAACAAACUACAGCUUUAUAAUAUUAGUAUAUAUAAUUAUUAAUAAUAAUAAUUAAUGAUACUCAAAAACUACAUUGAAUUGUUUAAAGAAAAUGUAAUUUUUAGUAUAACGAAGUAUGGAUUUGAUCUACGUUUAUUGAUAACUUGCUGUUUUAUAGUAUUGUCUGGACUUUUUAAAAUUGUUUUAAAUACUAUUUACUGAUUAGAUCUAAUCAUUAUAUUGAGACCUUCAUCGCAAUACAAUGAUUAGGCAUAACAGAUAUGCCUGAACCCCAAAUAAAUGAAUUAAAAAAUAAAUAAAAGGGGAAAGCUCUGUAGUUUUCCGUCUACAACCGGUUUUAAACAUUUAGUAAAUAGUAUUGUUUAUUAAUUGAUGCACAUAUUUUUAGUAUAUAUUUUAGUUUUUUUAACUUUUAUAACUUUCGACAUAAACUUCACAGCUCCACGAGGGACAUGUAGUAAAUAUCCCCUAUAUUUACUACAUGUCCCUCGUGGAGCUAGUUUCUAGUUACUACGGAACCCUAUGACGAGCCUUCUUCUCGAUUUAGUAAUCUGGAUAAAGAAGCCCAAGGUGAAAAUAACCACAGAACUUUCCCUGAUUAAUAAUAAAAUUAAUUAAAUUGUACCUUUUACCACGAAUACAAAUUUUAAACACUAAAAGUUACUUGAUUUUUUUUUUACUUCUGAUCUGCUGUAAUUUUUAGACAGAUUAUAAUUCUUAACAUUAAAUAACCGCGUAUAUAGCGUUAUUUUUAGCCAAUAUGUCUCCUCAUGAAGUCAUGAGUCUGUCUAAAUACUUCACACAUAAAAAAGUACCGUCCGGUCCGUCUUUUCAAAAAUUAACGCGUUCAGUUAGAAUGAUACACCUAAAUGUAAAUUAUAUAAAUAACCAGCGGACGCCCGCGACUUCGUCCGCGUGGAAUUCAGUUUUUCACAAAUUCCGCGAGAACCAUGGAUUUUUCCGGGAUGAAAAGUAGCCUAUGUGUCAAUCCAUAAUAACAUCUAUUUGCAAUCUAAAUUUCAGCCAAAUCGCUUCAGUAGCCGCAGCGUAAAAGAGGAACAAACAUACUUACACACACACAAACUUUCGCCUUUAAUAGUGUGAUUGUAACACAUAUUUUUUUAAAAUAUCACCUCAUCUUCAUUCUUCUAGAAUCUGUGGUAAAGUCUCAUUUCACGGACGGACUUCACAUUACAAAAGUGCUUAUCUUAUACACAUAAUUCAUUUAUUUCAAAUAGGGCUGGAACCCUAUUUGAAAUAAAUGAAAUGAAUUUUAUUCAAAGUAAAGCUUUUUUUAUUUAUUUUUUUUUAUUUUUUAUGUUAUUUAUUCGGAAGCCAACGUUGUAUACAAAAAAUGUAUGAUUAAUUAAAUAUAACAUGCAUUAAAAAGUAAUAUGCUACAUUCUACACCCCACUUACAGGCUAACUCAACAUGCGUUUAUUUUAAUACAAUUCUUAAUUUACCAUUAAAAAAAAAAAGAAACAAAAACUAAAUCUACCUACCACUAAAAAAAAUGCGUUGGUAAGCGCAUAACUCAACAACUCCUGGACCAAUUUGGCCAAUUCUUUGUUUUUAAAUGUUUGUUGAUGUUCUAGGAUGGUUUUUACGGCGAGAAAAAUUCGAUAAUUGCUGGAAAAACCAUAAAAAUAGCCCUUUUCUUUUUCCCAUACCAAUGUUUUGGUAUGGGAAAAACAUACCAAAUCAUUGACAUGACAUGACAAACUAAAAAAUUGUCAAUUUGAGCUUUAUUGUAGGGGUAGAGUAUGGUAGGGUAGGGGUAGUUGAAAGUUUCACGCAGACGAAGUCGCGGGCGUCCGCUAGUAUUACUAUAUAUUUGCGGAAGGAUAUAUAGAUUUCUUAAAGUAAUAGCAAUAUAAUAAGAUAAUGACGCCAACUGGCCGCCUCUAUUUGCAAUUUUUCCAAAGAAAAUG